GUCAUCCUUGAUACGGGCUCAUCGUAUGUAUCACGCCCGUCUGGGUUCCCGCUUGUGAUGUUGACGCGGCCUCUCAGCGACCUCUGGGUGGCUUCGUCCGAAGGAGGCUUAACAAGCCUGUCUACCAUACCGAGUGGCGUUGCGACGUUCAACACAUCAGCUUCGUCCUCCUUUGCUUCCUUGAACGAGUCGUUCUCGAUCACGUACGGGUCGGGCAGCGCUCUGGGCUCACUUGCCCGGGACACCGUCAGGAUGGCAGGCUUCGCCAUCACUGCCCAGACAUUCGCAGUAGUGGACGAGAUUACACAGGGGGUGCUUACGAGCCCAAUAUCCGGCCUUCUCGGGCUCGGGUGGCAACAGCUCUCAGCGUCCGGCGCGACGCCGUUCUGGGAGGCACUUGCCCAGUCGAACAACACGCUGAGCGACAAGGUGUUCGGCAUCCAGCUCGCGCGCUAUGGCAACGAUUCCAACGCGGAGUCGCAAGAACCCGGGGGGACAUUCACACUGGGUGCGGUGAACGAGAGCUUGUUUACGGGUGACAUUGAGUACCAGGAUGUCCCCCAAGUGGGCUAUUGGCUGCAGGAGAUCAGUGGUUUGACAGUCCAGGGGACGUCGAUCAGCCUGCAGUCUGGGUCCGCGUCGUACGGCGCCAUAGACACCGGCACGACGCUUGUAGCUGGGCCUUCCGAUGUCAUCGAGGAAAUCUACGCGGCAAUACCAGGGAGUACCGCGGACAGCAGCGGUUAUUACACCUACCCUUGCUCGACUAAGGUCCACGUAACGCUGCAGUUCGGGAAUAGCUCGAGGACGUGGGCUAUAUCCCCCGACGACUUCGCGUACACUACCGUGGACUCUACGGGGAACAACUGCAUUGGCGCCUUCGUCGUGAACACCAGCGGCGGCACGGCCCCACCCUGGAUCAUCGGGGACACAUUCUUGAAGAACGUGUAUUCCGCGUUCCGACAUGACCCGCCGUCUGUCGGCUUUGCGACGCUCUCGUCGGAGGCGGUCGCGAUGAACGGUGCGGCCGGCGACCCACCGAGCCCGACGAUUGGCUCUGUUGCUGCUGCUGUCGGCUCGACGAGCAGCGUCGACUCUGGAUUGAACGGCACUAACAGCAAUAGCGCGGACGUUUCCGUGCGGUGGAGUGCGUGUUUGGUGGUCGCGGGUGUGACGGCGGGUUUAGUACUGACUUUCUAAUCUACGAUUUGCUGUAUUCGAGGGGGUACUGGAUUGCUGAAGCUUAAGUACGAGCGAUGUAUUAGUGUAAUUUGGGAUGCGUCCGUCGUGGCUCGGUGUCGGAUGGAAUUGGUCGCGCCUUUUGAUACUGGGAUAGGCUUUUAAGGCAGCUGGGUCACUCAGGCAAGGUAUGUCACUCACCAGACAGGCCUUAACGUCCCUAUCCCUCGACUCUAUC